AGUGUAGCCUGCACAGUCUAGAGCGGGUUGUCUGUUGUUGCCACAGUCAGGACAGUUUCCAGGCGGAGUGGGACACAGUCUACUUAUAAAUUGCUCAUUUUUUGCUGCUAACAUAACGGUUUCCAAAGCGUCUGUACUGAUGUAGCGUUAGCAGCUCCUGAACUCAUCCGGACUCCAAGUCAGUAAUCCUAUAAAGUCAACUGGAUGCUGACAGUCACUUGGGUGGGGCUGACGCGGAUGACGCUAUACAGGAGCAGAGACUAAACCAAACCGCACAGGAGCAGCUACCAAAAAAAAAAAAAAACACCGGUUUUGGCGGCUGCUGGGUGGAAAAGCCAUGACCAAGCCUGAGUCGAAGAAAAGCGGCAAGUGCACCACAUCCGCAUCCGCCGCCGAGCAGGUCAACAACGGAUCCGUGGAGCCGGGCUGUCCGGAGCAAAGCACACAUAUCAAAGCUCAUGUGAUGAAGCAGAGCUCCAGGGAGAGCAUGCACCGGAGGAACACCGAGUGUGAAGUCUAUGACGACGGGACCAACACCUUUUUCUGGCGAGCCCAUACUGUGACAGUGCUGUUCAUCCUGACCUGUGCUCUGGUCUACGUCACACUGUUGGAAGAGACCCCCCAGGACACGGCCUUCAACACUAAGAGGGGGAUUGUUGCAAGCAUCCUGGUGUUCCUCUGUUUUGGGGUGACACAAGCCAAAGAUGGACCCUUUACCAGACCACAUCCAGCUUACUGGCGGUUCUGGCUUUGUGUCACUGUCGUCUACGAGCUGUUCCUCAUCUUCAUCCUGUUCCAGACGGUGCAUGAUGGACGACAGUUCAUGAAGUACAUUGACCCCAAGCUCGGGGUUCCCCUCCCUGAGCGCGACUAUGGAGGAAACUGCCUCAUGUACGACCCUGGCAACACCACCGACCCUUUCCACAACAUCUGGGACAAGAUGGAUGGCUUUGUUCCUGCUCACUUCCUGGGAUGGUAUAUAAAGACUCUGAUGAUUCGGGAUUGGUGGAUGUGUAUGAUAAUCAGUGUCAUGUUUGAGUUCCUGGAAUACAGCCUGGAGCACCAGUUACCUAACUUCUCAGAGUGCUGGUGGGACCAUUGGAUCAUGGAUGUGCUGGUGUGUAAUGGUCUGGGGAUCUUCUGUGGCAUGAAGACUCUGGCCUGGUUGUCAAUGAAGCCCUACCAGUGGCAGGGCCUGUGGAACAUUCCUACAUACAAGGGGAAGAUAAAGCGUAUAGCAUUCCAGUUCACUCCGUACAGUUGGGUGAAGUUUGAGUGGAAGCCUGCUUCAAACCUUCGUCGCUGGCUUGCAGUUUUAGGCAUCAUCUUUAUGUUCCUGCUGGCGGAGCUGAACACGUUCUACCUGAAGUUUGUGUUGUGGAUGCCUCCUGAACACUACCUGGUGCUGCUCCGUCUGGUGUUUUUUGUCAACGUGGGAGGUGUAGCCAUGAGGGAAAUCUACGACUUCAUGGAUGACCCGAAGUUCCACAAAAAACUGGGUCAGCAGGCGUGGCUGGUGGCAGCAAUCACAGUGACUGAGUUCCUCAUAGUGGUCAAGUAUGAUCCCAACACCAUCAUGCUGCCCAUCCCCUUCUUCAUCACGCAGUGCUGGUUCUUAGGAAUCCUCCUUAUCUUUACCUGGACCCUGUGGCGGUUUUUCAUCCGUGACAUCACGCUCCGUUACAAAGAGACCCGCCGACGCAAACAGGAAGUCCCCACAGACCGGGACCGUCCUCUGGGCAACGGCAGCACAGCCACCCCGUCGGGGCGGAGCAAACUGAACGGCAGCUCUGAGACGGUGCGGCAGAGGAAGACCUGAGGGAGCAACACGAGUUGUCACCGGCCGAUCAGCAGCAACUGAAGAGGGAAGGACGAGGUGUGAUGGGAAAAAUAAGAAGACUGAAGGGGAAUCAUGAAACAAAGACAAAUGUAGAGGCAAACAGACGGACACAUGUAUGUGCUGUGUAGACUUAUUUUGUGCCUACAUGAACCAAGUAGUCAUUCAACAGAGGCGAGGGGGUGGAAGGGGGAAUUUUCAUUCGGUGCAUUGUCUAGUUAUUGUCUUACUACAGGAAUUUACCUCGUUCUAUUUUUUUAAGAGCAUUUGGGGAAUUUUACACAGGACAAGAUACAUUUUUUUGUGUUAUUUAUACUUUGAACGUUUAGCGAUGAGGGGAAAAAGAGAAGGCUGAAUCAAAGAGUUUUGUGACCAAUAAGUAACGGCAGUUUUUCCAUUUUCUCAGCUGUACACUUUGUCUUAGAAGAGAAGCGUGAGGAACAUGUCGGCCGCUGUAAAUAAGCUUCGUUCUGUGCAGUCGCAUCAGUGCAGGUGAUUUAAAAAGGAGAGUAUUUGGAGCAGUGACGUAGGUGUAGGUAACCAAUGUUCAGUAUCAACCUGGGAAUUUUACCAGGCAACAGUUAAAUGGAGCUUGGUUAAUAAUAACACAUUUCUGUUUUGUCAUUUGUCAGUUUAAAUUCCACUUUUUGUCUGGUUUUUUUUUUCCUACAGUUUAGAGCACUCUUUUCUUUGGCUUGGUUGCAGGUUCCGGAUAGAUAUUUACAUGUGGGACACAAAAAUCAGCUUUUAAUUUGCAGUUUGCACUGAGCCUCAAGGUCCUCUAACUGCUGGUGAUCCUCGCUCAGUCUGACUGAGAGAAAAUAGUGGCCAAAGCCUUUCUCUCCUCAGGCUUUACUCUCAGUUAAAAAAAAAAAAAAAAUCAAGAUGUACCAUAUUCUAGUUAUUUAAUUACUGAUUAUCCAUGAUAUAUGGGGGUUGAUUUGGGUGUUUUUUGGUAGAGGUUUUUUGUAACCAUUGCUGUUAUUGCUUUAGGGUAAACCAUUAUGAACACUAGAUUGUACUCAAGUUCCUUUUUGUGAAAGGAGGCGCUGAGGAAGCUGCAGCACUCUAAUGAACACAUCCAUGACAAUCACAGUGAUGGAAAGCCGUGCUCCCACCUGAUGGAGACAUUCAGCACCAACAGAAACGAACGGCAGAGAUCUAAACGUUCCUCCGGUGCAACAGGACUGUAAAUAAGGCUCGACUCAACUGAUUCAGUCACAUCAGAAUGCACAUUUCCUAAUCCGAUUCCUUUUAUGCCAUUUUUUAAAAUUUAACUCAUAUAUUUUAUUAAAAUAUCAUGUUCUGAUGUCUGAACUGACUGAAACAACUUGAAACCAGCCUUAUCUUAAGAUGAGAAAAUGAAGGUUUAGUGGUGUUUUUGCUUUUGGAAGAGAACCAUUCUUCUGUGGGAUUGCCAUAUUGCACAUGCAACAAGCCAAAGCUUUGAUCCCAUUCUUGCUAAAGCCAUAAAUGCCACUCAGACCCACUUGAGCUGCUCAAACAGCUGUUAAACCUCAUUCAGAUUGCUUUUCAUUUCAGCUGAAGCACAGUCCCAAAGCCACCGGGAUCAGUCGUGUCAGCUAUUUUUAUGUUACAAAAGGAAAUUGACUCUGGAGGUCAAAAACAAAUUUGUUUUUGUCACAAGUUGGAUACCUCAACUCUCCCAUUUCUGCAACUUUGAUUGUCUUUUUAUGUGAAAUCAUCUCUACAGUUUCAUUCGAUUCUUUAGUGAUUUCUUUUUAAGCAAAAAUGUCAAACGUUCUCUGGUAGCAGCCUCUCCGAGGGGGAAUUUACUGCUUUUCUUUUUUUGUGUGAUAGUAAACUGAAUAUUUAGAUUUGGACAUUCUGUUUGGCAGACACAAGGAAUUUGAAGACAAGUAACUAUACUUAUUAAGCUUUUUUCUGACCAUGUGUGGACAAAAUGAGACAAAAAAAACCUGCAGAUUAAAGUAAUAAUAGUAAGUUGCAGCCUUAGAUGUUUUGAACUUUUCAUGAUACAUUAUUUAAAAAAAAGAAAAGCUUUACAUUUUAAAAAGUCCAAAUUGGUCAACCUGAAACUAUAACUGUUCCAGUCUGGUUGGAUAUCCAUUGUUCCCUAAGAUGUCCCUCAGAAAGCUUCAGUCUUUGUCCUGUUCAGGUCUCGUGGCUGUCAAAGAAUGAGCUGUAAAUUUUUGUGUGUCACUCAUUGUGUCCCAGUGGCUACAUACUGCAUAGUUGAAGACAAAGUAGACAACAUCUGUAACUUUAGGUCCAAAUGUUCCUGUUGUAAAAUAGGCUGGUGUGUAAUGACACUAUAAUAAUUAUCUUGUGAAUGUAAUCAAGCAGAAUCUGCUGUUCAAAUGAGAGGGUUUGAUCAUAAUUUAUCAGGGUUUUUUUUUUUGCCAUAUACACUAAAUGUUUCUGCGAGGCUCAUUCUCAUGCUUAUCAGGCUGUAACUGUUUGAAUAUUUUACCCUCUUUUUGAAUAGAGAUUGCUGUGCAAAUUUAAAAACUUUGUUUACUUGACAUGUCAAGGUUUGUACUUGUUACCCGUGCUGUGCUAAUUCAGUUGCUUGUGAACUUAGCAGAAGGUUGUUUUUUUCCUGUUUUCCUCCUUUCUUUCUUAAAUUAAAGCUUUUUAGACAUGGGCUGGGGUUCACGGUCUACCUGUGUCCAUGCUUUGGAUUGGUAGAAGUGUUCUGAAGACUUCUACCAACCCAAGUCAUGAAUUUGCACAUCAGCUCUGAAAUCAUAAAAAUAUUUAAUUAAAUAAAAACGAAAUGAACUCAAUGAGCUAUGAAACAAAAUAGGAUCUGGUCCCCACAAAUUAGGACCUUUUCCAGAGAGUUUAAUGUAGUUUCAUGAGCAGCCACAUGGGGGAGGUAGAUGUUCUUUUCUGUCUCUGCCCAGUGUUCUGGUCUCCUUGACAAUGAUCAUUCGCAACUUGCUGUAAAAGCCAUUUUCAACCUGGUUUGUGUAAAUGUGAACAUGUUAAAAGAUCAUAAAAACUGAAAUAUGCUGCUGCAUCACAUAAUUUUAUAAUGUUUUCAAUAAAAUCAAAAGAAAACCUGAA